AUGGCUCUUCUUCCAGAGGACAAUAAUUUUAACUACACAGGCAGUUCAAUUUUGAGUUCCCCAGGUCGUAGAUCUCUAGGAGGUGAUACAACAACUGGUUCGAUAAAUUUAGCCAAUCUGGAGGCAAACGCAAUGAGAAGUGGCAAUGGUGGAAAUAGUCCAAUGCCUCUAUAUAACGGCGGAACUAUAGAAGUUCCAGAUUCUGUCCCCAAGAGGGAAUACUACACAACUCUUCGUCGUUUUGGCACAAUGGGACCCCGACAAGGAUCUAUUUCGGGAGGUUCUUUGCUUGGUGCUGGUGGUGGUGCAUCUGGUCCUGUGACUGCAGUUGGUUCCCCUUAUCCCUCUGCUACUAUAGCUCGUACUGCUACUCUCGGAAGAUCAAAUACUUCCGCGUCUAAUUUUAAACCAUCGGGAAAGUCGGUUGAUUGUGCAGUUAUUAUGUUGGAUGGACUCCAACAGAUGUUCAGCAUUGAUAAAGCCGCAUACGGUCAGCAACUCUUCGAUGCUGUCUGUUCCAACUUGGAUCUACUUGAAACUGAUUACUUUGGAAUUAAGUACCUUGCUCCUGAUAAUACUAUGUUGUUGCUUCGUCCACAUGCACGAUCCGUUCAGACCAAGGACGUCAUCUAUCAUCUUGCUUCUGACAAUCCGCAAGCAGUAGUAAACUCUGUCCAUUUCCAUGGUUAG